UUAAUUUCAAUUCAGUAAAAAUAAUUUAAGUUUAGUAAAAAUAAUUUUAGCUUAAUAAAAUUAACAGGAAAUGAACAAUGGAAAAAAUAUGUUUAGAUUACCACCACUAACAAAAAUAUGAUGAGAACAAAAAAAAAAGACAAAAAAGGUUUAAAAAAAAGGAUAAUUAUUGAAGAAACCCGUUAAUCGAGUGCAUAUCAACGCAUAGCACCUAUUGACAAACGAAGUGUAUAGGAGGGCAGAAGCGUAAUUUAUCAGGCAUUAGAAAACUUAAAUAUUCCACUUAACUGUACUAGUGGUACAUUUAAUACUCCGAAAAUGUACCACUGAAAUCACAUUGGUACAUUUAAUCAAAGUGGUACGUACGUUUUGUACUUUAAAUUGUACUACUAGAAAACAAGUGUCAUGCUAUACACUUUCUAAACACAAUGCGCCAAUACUUUUCCCGUUUAAUCCACCAUAAUAUCAACAAAUUCGAGGGAGAGGACCAAAGUCACCAAACAGUCAAAGUUCACUAUCCUCCAUAAUUCUAAAUUCUUUUUUCUUUUUCUCUCUUUUUUCGCAGUGAUUCUUCUUUCACUAUGUAAAAAAAGGUUCAAAUUAUAAAUCAUUAUAAAUUCUAGACAUUAUCACAUCACACUCCCUAAGUGUAGCCUCACUGCCUCACUCACUCAUUCACUCCUCACUAGAGGAUAACAAAAACAAAAUAAUGUACCUUCUUCAACUAUAGUAGCCUUAAUCCACCAUUACAUUUUCACAUUGAACCCGAUUACCCGGCCCGUUCAUUUCUACUAGAAAUAUGGUUCAAAGAAGGUACAUUGUUCAAAUAUUGGCUCUAUGUUCAGUUUUUACACUUGGUUCGGGCCUUUACAACUUCACUAUCCCGGGCCAGCACCCGGACCCGGAAGCCGUCGCCCGAGAAGUUCAUAGGCUGGUGAAUGUUUCAGUAACUAGAAGACAUUUACUUGAAGAUGCUUCAAACUGCGCCACCGGCAAUCCAAUCGAUGAUUGCUGGCGAUGUGACCCGAAUUGGGGAAACGACCGUCAAAGGUUGGCCGAUUGUGGCAUCGGGUUUGGGCAAUAUGCGUUAGGUGGCAAAGGUGGUGAGUAUUACAUAGUCACUGACCCUUCUGACGAUGACGUUGUUAAUCCAAAGCCUGGUACACUACGUUAUGCUGUUAUACGAACUGAACCUCUUUGGAUCAUCUUCGCUUCUAAUAUGGUUAUCCACCUUUCUCAGGAGCUAAUCUUCAAUAGUUACAAGACAGUAGAUGGGAGAGGGGUGGAUGUACACAUAACAGGAGGAGGAUGCAUAACCUUGCAAUAUAUUAGCAAUGUAAUUAUCACCAACAUCCACGUCCACCACUGCCACCAAUCCGGUAACACCAUGGUCCGAGACAGCCCAACCCAUUAUGGUUAUCGAAGUUUGUCCGAUGGAGAUGGGAUCUCUAUAUUUGGAUCUAAGGAUCUUUGGAUCGACCACUGCUCGCUGUCUCAUUGUAAGGAUGGGCUCAUCGACAUUGUAAUGGGCUCAACCGCUAUCACGGUGUCCAACAACCAUUUCUCUCACCAUAAUGAGGUUAUGCUUCUAGGGCAUAGUGACACGUACGAGCCUGAUACAGGAAUGCAGGUUACAAUCGCGUUCAACCAUUUUGGACCGAAAUUAGUACAGAGGAUGCCAAGGUGUAGAAAAGGGUAUAUACAUGUUGUGAAUAAUGAUUUUACACAAUGGGAGAUGUACGCAAUUGGUGGUAGUGGAAAUCCAACCAUUAAUAGCCAAGGAAAUCGUUUUAUUGCUCCUUUUGAUCGUUAUGCCAAAGAGGUAACAAAGAGAGUAGGAACAGACGAGAAAGAUUGGAAGGGGUGGAAUUGGAGAUCAGAAGGAGACGAAAUGGUGAACGGCGCAUAUUUUGUGGCGUCAGGAGCGGCUGUUGAAGUCCAAUAUGAGAAAGCUUACAGUGUGGAGCCCAAAUCUUCUGCCUUCAUUGACCAACUUGUCAUGCAUGCUGGCGUUCUUGGCGACAGUAGACACAGCUUAGGCAAGUGGAGUGCUGGACCAGGUGACAAAACAGGAUUAGACUCAGAUGAUUAUGAUUACAGCGAUGAUUAUGAUGGAGCCACACCAACAAAUUCAUCCCCAACUUACACUCUUCUAUUUCUUUUGUUGAUGUUAUCAUUUUGUUAUUUGUAUGUCAUCCCUAACGUCAAUUUUCUAUGACAAACAUCUUGAAAUCGAAUUAAUUCUUGUCUGUUACUUCUAACUUUGACAUUAAUGAGUAAAACUCUUUAUGUCUCACUAGGGCUCUUUGGCAUUACAAGCUUUCUUUUAUAACUUUGCCUUUUAUCAACUACAAGUGUUUAUAUUUAUUGUGCCUUAGAAUGUCACCAUACCUUGGAAUUAAUCAAUUUCCCCUUUAUCCCAAUACAAAUACUACCUCUGUUAACUAUUAUGUGCAACAAAUGAGUCGCACCCGGACUCUUAGGUAAAAGUUUUAAGGAGGGUUAAUCAAAAAAUUUGAGAUGCAAUUAAGUAAAAAGAGGAGGGAAAGGGUAGGGAUCCACGUGGGGUUUUAAAAUGUGGAUUGCUAAACAUCGCCUACAAAUUACCAACUAAAGCCCACAAAUUUCCAUUGAAUUGACAAUAUUGUCCUUAACCCAAAAAAAAGAAACUCUCUCUCAUCACCCAAAAAAAAAAUCAGUGCC